AUGUUUUUCACACUCAAAGAGAUUGUACAGUGGAUAGGAUUAACAGUGUUUGAAAUAUGGAUAAACCUUAUAACAUUGACUAUAUUUUCUGUGCUAUUGGCUUUGAAGAUUGAUGGUGUUGUGAACAGUGCUUGGUGGACAAUCUUUGCGCCUCUGUUUGUGAGUGAUGCUAUGAACGCAUAUUUCUGCUGCAUUGUCUGCAUACGCAUGAACUAUGAAAGUUCAUAUAGGGCUUCUCUAUACAGAGCAUCAUGGAGUGGUAUUUUCUUAGGUCUAACUUUUGUAUUUAAAUUUUUACUGUGUAGAAAAUUACAAGGUGAUUCAGCAAUAGAAUACAGUGAAGUAUUUGCACCUUUGUUUAUACUUCUGCAGUUAAUAGCGGUGAGAGCUUGUCAGUUACACCAGUAAUGUUAUUGUUAUGUAAUCAAUAUUUCUAAUAUUCUACAAAAUAAAGUGAAUGU